AUGGACCGCGCCGGUACGAACAAGGCCCUUGUUGUAUCGAGUCUUGAUGCCCCUGAGCGUGACGUUGUUAUCAACGGUAUCGCCAUGCAGCUGGUAGAAAAUGUGACAACACAGCUGUGGCACCAUGGGUCUAUGGUUGUCCUAGAGCUACCGGUACCCAUCACACUUUUGGACAGAGUCUCGCCAGAGUGGCGUGGGGCUUCAAUGGUGAAGUACGUUGGUGAAGACGAGCCUAAGCCAAUGCCGUCGCUCUCGCAAAGCAUUUCUUGUGAGAAAAGUGAAGUACGCGGCAUCCAGUGGCUUCGGAGAACCAUGCAUGACUUUUUUAAUGAAACAAGCAGACGAUUCGUCGCAGCCGCUCCGCGGGGAUGCAAGGUGGAGAUCGGUGUGGAUCGUGACGAUUCGAAGGAGGGAUCGUUGUCGCACUCAAUGUCUUGCUCUUCUUUGCCUGAACCUUUCUCGUCACCUUUGGACAUGCGAGCGUCCCUGUUGAAUUACCUGUUGGAGAAGUGGGGAGACCAUGCUCUCGUUCGUCAAGCUGGCACGGACCUUCUGCGCGCCAUACAAUACCAUCGGGAGUGGGAUGUGGAGACUCAGUUGUUUAGCGCGCUCCUCUCCUGCACUAAAUACGAGGACGUUGACAUUCAACUCUUUCUGCAGUGGUGGUUAGAGCUUCAGCAUCAUUCCUAUCCCCAUCGUGCGGGUGGCCGCCAGGUCCCUGCAGGGAAGCUUUGGUCAGUCGCAAAGAUGUGUCUUUCUGCGUGUAGUCUCGCCAGCGUCACGAAGACGCCCGUCACCAGACGUGUGCAGAAUGUUCUUGCGCGCUGGUUUGGCACUGAAGAGAAGGGUGGUGCUGGUGAUGGUGUCAGUAUCCCCGACACAACAGGUCAUCCUCAUGUGUUCUCAUUGCCGUACUCGAUUGAUGUUCUACGAUGGUUCGUUGGUGUAUCGACUCCACUACCGUCUACAGCAGGACUGACGCCGCGCUUGGGUGCGGAGCAUACAGCGGUACCGGAAGCACACCUGCUGGCUCUCCUUCUGCUCAAUACAAAAAUGGAGCGACUCCGUCAGUCCCCACGUGUGUCUCCCCCUUCCGUGAUGACGAGAGAGGCACGCACCAUCGUUGGAGAGCCAGAUUCUACGAACGACGGAACCAACGCAGCCGCCAAUCGUCCAGAUUGUGGUAACAAUGAAACAGAUGUGGAGGUAUGGGUUGGUGUGUGUGAUGGGGAGGAUGGCACAGAAGCAGAUUGCGAUACCAACGCUGAGGUGCAUCUACACCGAGACCGAGGCAGUAUCACGGUUCGCCCAGCACAGCAAGAAGCGAGCCCGAGUACAGUGGGUCUUUCCUUGCGUGAUCACGAGACACGCUUCAGAGCGGAGCUGGAGGGCCUCGAGCAGCGCGUGGCGAGGACAAUAGAACACCACCAGAGAGUCACGACUUCACAUGCCGUGAAGUAG